AAUGCAGGUGCAAAAAAGAACCCAAAUAACCCAACAGUCACUUAUUUGUGACUGGAGAGUGGCAGAAAAGAGCAGUGGUCCCAAACUUUAAGAAAAGGGAAAAAGUGGAGUUUGUACACCCAAAACAGGAGCUGUAUCCACAUUUUUGGUACAAAGUUCAUAUCGAUCCAGUUGUGUUUCACCAGUGCUGCCCCUUCUUCCAUCCCUUUUUGACCACGGGCAGGACCUCAAGGGCUGGUCUUCUGAAGGUUGGCGUUUGAUUUAGGAUUUUGUGCAUCAAUUCAGUUGCUGUAUUUUUUUGGUGGUGACUGAAUCCUUUUCAUUCUAAUUUACACAGUAAAACACAUCAAAUGUUUGCCUGCUGCUCAUGAGGAACAGCUUUCUAAAAAUAUUCCUGGAAAGAUCUAGAGACAUAUGAUGCAUUUCACUGGACCUGUUUCUACUUCAUUCCUCUUUUAAUCACACCAGAAAUCUCACUCAAUUAACUGUCUGUCUUGUGUUACAAUAUGUCAGGCAUAAGUUAAUUUCUAAAAAAAUGAAGACUUGAUUAUGUGAGUUUUCUGAAUAUACAGUAUUUUAGAGUUUGUCAGCAAAAUUACAUAGACAAAUUGCAGACAAGGACUUAGCAACGUAUGCUUCAGGAAAUGUUGUAAUAUUUGUUAGUUAAAUAGAAAAUAAAAAUAUAUGUAUUAUUUUGUUUUGCAAAAAAAGAAAUCCGUUUCAUCCGGUUACAUUUUACAGCUUUGUAAUACUGGUAGCAAUUUGCCAUUCAUUCAUAGCUCACAGUAAAAGAAGUCAGAAAAAUAUAUACUUUUUUUAAAUUAGGAGACUAUGUGUCUUCAGAGAUUAAGAAGUGGUGAAAGGUUGUCUUAUCCUGUUAUUGAUGAGCAAGGGAAAAAAAGACGUGGGUGUGAAAUAGAGGUGGAGUUUUUCUCUUCUGCAUAAAAGCUCUUGUAGCUCUGCGUUAUGCAGCUUAAGAGAAGCUGGCAGUGCCUGAAGCCUCAGCCUGUUCUGUGACAUAUGACUGAAUCACACUGCACAAAGGAUAUUCAAAAGAAUAUCAGCAGCUCCUCUUCUGCACCUGUUCCAGUCAGCUCUCCUUCUCCAGUCUUCACUGAGCUCCAUCCUCUCAUGGCUAGCCCUGCGAACAACCCGACCCAGGAAGACAGGGUGGAGGGCCAAUCAGGGCCUGCAGGACCAUCAUGCCUGCACACGGCCUGGUCCCGCUUCCUCAAGGGGGUGUCCUAUUUUUCGGGAGACAUGGAGGUGUUUGGAAAGUGGAUGGAGAAACAGUUUCUCUUGCUGCAGCUCCUGGACUGGGUUCUGCGCGGAGCAGCCCAGGUGAUGUUUGUUAACAACCCUCUGAGUGGCCUGGUCAUUUUUGCUGGCCUCAUCCUGCAAAAUUAUUGGUGGGCCCUCAACGGUUUCGUGGGGACACUCUUUGCAACAAUUUCUGCUCUCAUUCUGCAGCAAAGCAGGGGUGCAAUAGCUGCAGGACUUUAUGGAUACAACGGCAUCCUGGUGGGUCUCCUGAUGGCUGUGUUCUCCAAUGCAGGCGACUGGUACUGGUGGCUUCUGCUGCCCAACAUCUUCAUGUCCAUGAUGUGCCCGAUUGUGUCCAGUGCCCUGGCAUCCAUUAACACCCGCUGGGAUCUGCCGGUGUUCACGCUGCCAUUCAACAUCCUGGUGUGUCUCCACAUGGUCGCCACGGGCCACUAUAACCACCACUUCCCCCAAGUCCUCAUCCAGCCACGCUCAGAGCUGCCCAACAUUACCUGGUCUGAAAUCGACGUGGCAAAGCUGUUCAGGUCGAUACCAGUGGGAAUAGGUCAGGUGUACGGCUGCGACAACCCUUGGACCGGAGGAAUCUUCAUCAUCUCCCUCUUCAUCUCUUCACCCAUCACCUGUGUCCAUGCCGUCCUGGGAUCUGCUGUGGGCAUGGUGUCAGGUCUGGCUUUAUCAGCUCCUUUUGAGGACAUUUACUUUGGUCUCUGGGGAUACAACUGCGUCUUAGCCUGCAUCGCUGUAGGAGGGAUGUUUUACGCUCUCACCUGGCAGGUGCACCUGCUCGCCAUCACAUGUGCCUUUUUCUGCGCGUACCUCGGCUCAGCCAUCGCUAACAUCAUGUCCAGGUUUGGUUUGCCGGCAUGUACGUGGCCUUUCUGCCUGUCUGCCCUCACCUUCCUCCUCCUAACGACGGGGAGCAAGAGGAUAUUCAAGCUUCCGCUGGCCAACGUCACCUACCCUGAGAAAAACCUGGCCUUCUACUGGAAGCUGAAAAAACAGGAGAAGGCCGAGAAGGCAGCAAAAGAAAGUCAGGAGCAGCUGAACGCUGAGAUAACCCUGAAUGAGAAAGAGCAAUUGAAACUGGAACUUCAACGAAUAGAGGAGGGGAGACAAGGAAGUGAAAACAACAACACUAAUGUGGAAGAAACAAACAGAGGAGAUAAUUCCACAGAGCUUGUUCUUGCUGACUAUGUCUGAACAAUAUUGUUCUUGGAAAUAGUUAAGAUGUGAAAAUAAGGAGUGACACUGAAAUAAUGUAAAUGUAUGUAGCUGCAAAUAUGUUUUUUUAUUAUUCUGUUGUCAAUAUCCAUAUUCUUUUUUAAGAGCAAUGUUCAAUUUAGCAACUAGUACUUCUUCUAUAUACUUAUGUUAAUGUGGGAGAUGAGCUUUUAUUUGCAAUGUAACUUGUUUGGAGCAAUAAAACUUGGUGUUUUCAAAAGCAGGGAAAUUUUUUCAGCAGGAUAACCAGCUGUGCACUCCACUAAGCUGGUCUUUGUGAAUGAGUGGCACACGGAAAUCUGUUUUGUUUACAGAGUAAUAAAAACAUGCAAACUCUG